UUUGCAUGCACCAUGCUUAAAGCUCUAAUUUAUUUUUGCAAAAAACAUGAAAAAGGUUGGCAUCAAAGUCUAAUAAUGGUUCAAGUAACUUGGUCUAGGUAUUCUGAGUUUUUAAUUUUGGUGUAUUUUUGAAUCAGAAUUAGGCACUGAGAUGGCGACCGACUCUCCCUACCCAACUUCCCCAUGGCUUAAUAGUAAUACUUAUAAGGAGAACGCUGUCAAGGUUGUGAAAUAACACCUGAGUUUGACAUUUUAACUACACAAUCAAUGGUACAUGUAUUAUCAACCUUGAUCAAUCAAGCUUUUACUUUAAAAUUAAAUUAGCAAAUUACGAUGAAUAAGACAGUAGUGUCUGUAUCCUUCGCGUUGCUUUUGUCGACCGUGCAUAUUGUCAUCUGCCAAGACUCAGAAUGGGGAACUAAUGAUUACAUCGAGUACCAGGUGGGAACUACGGGCACUAAAAUCAUCUUGACGUCAUCGCAUGGCGGCCACCUGCGUCCAGAGAGCAUUCCAGAACGCGACCAUGGCUGCUUCAUAGCUGACGUAUGUGUGUAUUCGCAUUUUUGCAGCCCUAAAGAUGAGUUAAAUUGUCGAGCUGUUGUCAUUCCGGACGCUCAUACAUUAGAACUGACCGGGACUAUUGCUGAUGCAAUGCAGAAUAUCACAGGGCAGCGUCCACAUGUUAUUCUAAAUCACCUUCACAGAGGCAAACUAGACGCCAACAGAGAGAUUGAGCAAGCAGCGUUCGGUGUCCCUGAAGCAGAGACGGCGUGGCGUGAAUUUCAUGAGUUCAUUGAGCGAGCACAGGCCACAGUAGGCACAGGGUUGCUCGUUGAUAUACAUGGACAUGGUCAUCCAGAACCUUGGCUUGAAAUAGGUUAUCUGUUUAGUGGACUUGACCUUGACCUCAACGAUAUUGACCCAGCAAGGUCGUCAAUAUAUCACCUAAGCACACAGGUGAACGUACCAUUUGACGAUCUUCUUCGAGGCGCCGAAAGUUUGGGAGGUCGUUGCGAGGCGGCCGGCUACAUCGCGGUUCCAGCGCCAGAUUACCCUGGACCCGACGGAGGCAACUACUUCACAGGCGGUUAUAUAACCAGGAGGCAUGGAUCACGAGACCAGGGUACCAUUGACGCUAUCCAAAUAGAAUCACCAAGAUUUCUGAGGGAUAUGUGGGAAGAUUACGGCUCUGACUUGGCUGUCAUUAUUCUUAAUUUCUAUCAAAGAUGGUACACUUAAAAACGGACUUGAGCCAAAUUAAACAUACAUGCAUUUUAAUUGUUGUUUUUUUAUUUACUUUUACUUCACAUAGCAUUGAUUUUCUGGUCUAAUUUUGUGACCAUUACAUGCUAGUGUUACAUGGAAAUAAGUUAGUUCAUGAUAUAUUUAGCUGCCUUUUAAAUCACAAGCGUCCAAGAUUAGUAGGAGGUAGUAUAAUGUACAGUAAUGGGAAGACGCCAAUCACAUAUUGCAUGUCCAUAAAUCGUUGACAUCUUACACGAGAAAUCUUACACAGCAGUAGACACUUUGAUCACCUUUCUCCUUGAAUGGAGCAAUUUACCCAGUAAUUCUCGUUGAUUUAUCAGCUCAAACGAUAUCUUCAAGGUCUGUGAGUUUAUUAGCAUAGGCUAAAGGUAGGCAGAGUAAUAUGAGUAAUAUUGGCAAUGCUGACCUCAUGCUCCCAAAAAGCAAAAGAUAUCCACUAGCCCCACCUUAAGCUCUAUAUCCGAUAUAAAAAACACUUUUGGUGUUUCCUUCAUUUGUGUUUCCACGAUUUGUUCCAGUUUUACUUUAACAAUAGAUAAUGCAUUUAUCUAACAACAAUAAUGUUAUUGGAUUUGCAUAGACAUUCUAAUCCUCCCGUUGUAUUAAGCUGAGGAUGAAACUGCUUUAUUCUGAGAUUCUAUGAAUGGGUCACGUGAGCAGUUCAUUGUGGGGUACCUGGGAUUGAACCUCCUCUGUUUCAGUGUUUUAGUAAGUCCCUGGAUAUAAGCAUCCGCAUAAUUUCAUUUGUUCCUGAAAAAACAAAUAAGUUAUCAUUUUGUGUAUUAGGCUAUGACAACCCAUUAAGGCAUUUAGUUAUUGGAUAUAGUACCGUCUAAUAUCUUCAAUUGUUGCCUGCAUAUCACCUUAUACAGAGAGUAUGUGGAAAGAAAGUUGAAAAUGCAAUUGUAAAUACACAAAUGCUAUCGAAUACGUUUUUUCGUCUUUAAGUGAAUUAUGGACCACCGCCUUUUGAUUUUGCUCUGUGGAUUUCUAUAAAGAAAGCUGUGUUUAAAUAUUUUAUGAUGAUAUUGUGACGAUUCUCAAUUUGUUUACAGUUAAUUCAAUCUACAUGUACUAUAAUUGUCUACAGUAAUCUUGCGUCAAGUACCAUCUUCCUAUAAUAUACAAAGGUUCUAAUGUAAGAGCAAUAUAUACUGGGAAGAGGGGGGGGGGGCAUAGUACCUUCUAAGAUCUCAUGGACCCUAAGGUCUCUGAGAUACUGCUGUACAGGGUAGUCCUUUAGGUAGCCAUAACCCCCAAACAUCUGAAGGGCCUGAUUACAUAUCUGGGAACACUCCUCCGUUGCAUAUAACUUUGCCAUGGAGCACAGUGCAACCGCAUCAGGGGACUUGUCCUGGAGUGCUCUAGCUGCGUUACGUACCAUUAGACGUGAUGCAACAAGUCUUGUUGCCAUUUCUGCGAGACGAUAUUGUAAAAACUGAAGUCAUAUUGGUAGAAAGGGAUUUAAUGCAGAAUUAUACAAAACAAAGGUAUAUUAUGUUGUGUCUCCACCUCUGUUAAUUCACUAAAAGUCAGUUAUGUAAUUCAAUAUUCAUAAUAUUAACAAAAUUGAUAUAUUUGAUUGUCCAGUCUUGCGUCAAGUUCCA